CAUUAAGUUCACAUAGUACCCCAGAAGUAUCAUCGAUUCCAUAUCCAAAUUCCGCAACAGUUGUCUCUUUAAAUAAUCGGUCAUCAUGGUCAUCAAGAAACGAAUGCUGCUCUGGGACUAUACCAACACCAACAACUUUCCCCAGCAGCUCGACCAAGUCCCUUUCGACAACGACCACCCUAUAUCCUCAGUCUGCAACUGGAAUGCUUGGGUCCCACCAGAGCUUAAGGGCCGGGCGCCGUUCCGGCCGAUGAUUCAUUUGAUAGAGGAGACACAAGGUGACAAGUGGCAGUGGAUCCUCAACAGCGACCAGCCGCUAGUACUUUACUUCAACGAGCCGGAGCGCAACGGCAUUAGCCCUCAGCAGGCCGCAGACAUCUGGCAUGGUCAGGUUCUAGAACUGCGAAAUCGCGGCAAGCAGCUGUGCAGCCCCUGCCCGGCGUGGACCGACGAGGGUCGCGCCUGGCUCGAGCAAUUCAUGGCCCUCGUCGCCGACAGCCCGCCGGACUACCUCGGCCUCCACGCCUACAACACCGACGCGGGCGCAACCAUGCGGUACCUCGAGGAGAUGCACCAGCGCUACGGCCUACCGAUCAUUGUCCACGAGAUUGCCAGCGUCUCGCGCAACUACGACGAGGUCCUGGCUUUCACUGUCGAGAUGGCUAACUGGAUGGACAGCAAGGACUUCAUCUACGAGUAUGCCUUUUUUGGGUGUAUGGGACAUGUUGCCGACGACUUUGUCAGCCCUGAGGCCCAGCUCAUGAACCCCGACGGCUCAUUCAAGGAUCUCUGCUAUAAGCUCAUGUACGACCAGCCAAUGCACAUCUAA